UUUAUCCUGUUUGUGUGAACAUGCAGAAUGCUUUAUCAGUUUAUCCCUUCAUUUGAUGCACAAACGACUCAACAGCAGCAAAUGUGAUAAUAUGUUUAAAGACGUACGACAAAUCACAUCUGAAAUAAUGUAAUUGUCUUGGUUUAUCGAGCUUUCAGUCGGGCCUUCCUCUCGUCCAACUCUGACUGUGUCGUCUUUGUCUGGGGAGGCGGCGCUGCAGAGCCCGCGGGCCGGGCCGGGCGGGCCACUGAAUUUCGGCAGCGCGGCCCGCUGGCCCUUCUCGGCACGAUCAAUACCGCAGAUUCGGGUGGCCCGGGCCGGGCCGGGCCGCGCCGCCGAGACGGUAGCCAGCGGCCCUCUCUGGCUGGGACGCCCGGCUCGUCGACGGCGACGGGACAGCGUCGCAGCCGACGGCCCGGCUCGGCAGCGGCGAGUGACGCUGGCGACGACAGACGGACGGACGACGGACCCACCGACACGACGUCAUGCUGGUGUGCGGCGUGCUGCUCUGCAUUCUGCUCCACCCGGCUGCUGGAGUGUGGGAAAAUUGGUGGACGUACACUGAUGGAGUAUCAGGUCCAGAGAACUGGAGCGACUUUGUGCCGGCCUGGCGGAUCUGCAAGGAGGGGCGACAGCAGUCCCCGAUCAACAUCGAGCCAGCACGACUACUGUUUGACAAACACCUGCGCACCGUCUACGUGGACAAGGACAGGGUGCGUGGCAUCCUACGAAACACGGGUCAUGACGUCACUCUGACGGCAGACCCGUCUCGGACGGUGAACAUCAGUGGCGGCCCGCUCUCCUACCAGUACACAUUUGAGAAACUGCAGCUGCACUUUGGCCUGGUGCCCGACGACUGGCGACGCUCCUCGCGGCAUGUGGCCGGCUCAGAGCACGUCGUCAACGGAAAACGCUUCCCCGCUGAGAUCCAUUUAAUGGGGUACAACAGCCACCUGUACCGUAACUACAGCGAGGCGGUGGAUCAGUCGCAUGGCGUAGUCGGCAUCGCCAUCCUCGUCCAAAUCGAGGUCAAUUCAUUACCGAACCCGGAGCUCGGAACAAUCAUCAAUGAAAUGAAGCGGACAAAAUACCAAGACGACUGGACUCGACUGGAGGGCGUUUCUCUGGUGGGUCUGCUUCCCAACACGGAGCAGUACAUAACGUACGAGGGCUCCAUCACCAGCCCCGCCUGUCAGGAGACAGUCACCUGGAUCGUCUUCAACAAGCCCAUCUACAUGUCGCACCACCAGCUUCCGAUUCUGAAGCAGCUGAAGCAGCGCUCCAGGAACGCGCCCGACCAGGACAGUCUGGGGAACAACUACAGACCGGUGCAGCGGCUCAACAAUCGGGUCGUGCGAACAAACAUCGACUUCGAGCCCAAGGAUGGGAAUAUAUGUCCACCCAUGAAGCACGAUAUGCGCUAUAAAGCGGGCAAAUGGCUGGGAGUCUGAAGACAUCCAUUGGUGAUAUUAUACUGAAAGCAAGAACAAAGCAAUACCAUCAAGCUCUGGCUGAAAUCGGCAGCAAUAUGAAGCGAUAUGUGCCAGUGCAAUAUGGACCGUAAGAGUUUCUGUCUCAAUUCUCGUAUGAACGCUGAGUGGGCAAUGGGCAUUCUAAAAAAAAAAAAACUGUCCAACCUGUUAAGCAAAUAAGUGUUAACUAAGAUUGAAUGUGCUUUCGCUCACGAUAUGCUGCUUGUGAGUGCUGAAUGUGCAUUGUGCAACCUACGCGAUUGUAGCUGCUUACAAGAGCAGUUCCAGCUAAGCAAUAUGACUUUUAUGACUUUAUAUAAGUAAAUAAUUACCUGAGUGAAAGAGGCAUCAAGCAGUCGUUUCCUGACUUCACUUUGUAUGCUAAGUUAAGACGGAUGUUAAGGCAACAUGGGGCUAAUAAAAUAUUUUUGUUUUAAGUAAAAAGAAGGGACAAGCAAAUGUGUAUGCGUAGAAAUAGCACCAACGAUACUACUUCUUAUGGCUGCCUUUCAUUGCCAUGCAAACGUUUUGCAUAAUUUAUUUUUGCUUUUCGUCUGCAAUGGAUGUACUGUUUACUAUAGAUUCGUGCAAGGUACCGGGAUGCUAAAGCCGAUGUCUUAUAUGAACUUGCAAUAAAUGCAACCGCUUUAGACA